AUGGCGUCUUCCUGUUUGUCAGCGUCCCCCGCCAAGCCUCAACUCCUAUGGUCAGCCAACCGUAAGCGUGUGCUCACGACGUCUCCUCUGGCCGUAGCCAACCGGAAUAUGACGGUCCAUUUUGCAAGGCGACCAGUCUGUUCUACCGCAGUUAUUAUUAGCGUCGGUGUUGAUUUGUUGGUGAGAGAGAAUCGUUCGGUCCGGGUAGAUCUUUCUUUUGUCUUUCUUUCGUUUUCUUUCUUUCUUUUUUUUUUUGCGUCUUUCUUUUUCUUUCUUUUUGGUUGCGUUCUUUCUUUUGUCUUUUUUUUGGUUGCGUCUUUCUUUUUCUUUCUUUUUUUUUUCUUUUUUUCUGUCUUUUUUUUUUCGUUUUCUUUCUGUCUUUCUUUUUUUUUUUUUCUUUCUUUUGUCUGUCUUUCUUCUUUCUUUCUUUCUUUCUUUCUUUUUUGGUUGCGUCUUUCUUUCUGUCUUUCUUUUUGGUUGCGUUUUCUUUCUGUCUUUCUUUGCGUCUUUCUUUCUAUUGAAAAGUUGGCAUUAACCUAUCUUGGGUUUUACCUCUUGUGUUUUUUUUUUUUUUUUUUUUUUUUUUUUCCUCUUCUUCUUUUUCUCUUCUUCUUUCCUCUUCUUCUUCUUUCCUCUUCUUUUUUUUUUUUUUCUCUUCUUCUUUUUUUUCUCUUCUUCUUUUUUUUCUCUUCUUCUUUUUUUUCUUCUUUUUCUUCUUCUUUCUUUCUUCUUUUUCUUCUUCUUCUUCUUCUUCUUUCUUUCUUCUUUUUCUUUUUCUUUUCUUUCUUUUUUUCUUUUCUUUUUUUUUCCUUUUCUUCCACUUUUUCUUUUUCUUCCACUUUUUUUUUUUUUCUUCCUUCUUCUACUUUUUUUCUUCCUUCUUCUUUUUUUUUUCUUCCUUCUUCUACUUUUUUUUCUUUUCUUCCUUCUUCUACUUUUUUUUUCUUCCUUCUUCUACUUUUUUCUUUUCUUCCUUCUUCUUUUUUUUUUUUUUCUUCCUUCUUCUUUUUCUUUUCUUCCUUCUUCUACUUUUUUCUUUUUCUUCCUUCUUCUACUUUUUUCUUUUUCUUCCUUCUUCUACUUUUUUCUUUUUCUUCCUUCUUCUACUUUUUUCUUUUUCUUCCUUCUUCUACUUUUUUUUUCUUUCUUUUUUUCUUUAAUUUAAUUGCUAUUUGGUCAGUUUGUCUUAACCCGACAAUUUGUUCAUUCUUCUCCCGUUCUUCUUCACUUGUCUCUUCCGUUCUUCUUCACUUGUCUCUUCCGUUCUUCUUCUACCAUUCUUCCUUCCUUUUUCCUCUUCCUCUUUUCCUCUUUAUCUUUCUUUUCCUCAUAUUCUCUCUUUUUCCCUUCAUCUCUAUCUUUUUCCUCUUUCUCGUUCUUUUGCCAAUUUUUCCCCUAUUCCUCGUUCUCUUUAUUUCUCGUACUCCCCCCGAUUUUCGUCUCCCCCCUAUUUCUCGUACAUUUCCCCCGAUUUCUCGUACUUCCCCCCUCUAUUUCUCGUACUUUUUCCCCCUCUAUUUCUCGUACUUUUUUCCCCUCUAUUUCUCGUACUUUUCCCCUCUAUUUCUCGUACUUUUCCCCCAUUUCUCGUUCUUUUCCCCAUUUCUCGUUCUUUUUUCCCAUUUCUCGUUCUUUUUUUCCCCCAUUUCUCGUUCUUUUUUUCCCCUAUUUCUCGUUCUUUUUUUCCCCUAUUUCUCGUUCUUUUUUUCCCCUAUUUCUCGUUUUUUUUUUUUUUUUCCUCGGUAA